UGUUACUCCCCCCCUUACAAUUAAUACUUUUUUUAAUUCUUAUAGUAAAGGGUCUCCAUACAAUAUAUUUAAUAAAAAGUAUUCCACCAUCAGAAUUUUUAAUUGUGGACUUACCUCUUGUGCCCGUGUGUUGAAUAUUUUUAGUAGGUAUUAUCAUCAUCAUCUAUAUUAUUAUCAUAUUAAUAUUAUUAUUUAUUGAACAAUUGCACACUGCAGUUACCCUUUACCUGCUAUGUCCAACCACUCGUCAUCGUUCCAGAGACAAUCCCCAGUCCUGCCACAUGCUCCGUUAAACCUUCAACCAUCGAGAAAGCCCUCAAUUGUGGAGAUGCUUUCUUCGCCCCCACCUCUCCCAGUCAAUCCAAAUGAUCAUGAAGAUAUACAUUCUUUGAGUCUUUCCAGAAAUACAAGUAUAAGCUCUAGAGCGUCUUCAGUUACCCCACUGAUCACCGAUUGGGCGGAAAUCCCCCUUUAUGAUUUGAUUGAGUCCAAUAAACUUAUCUUUAUCGAUUCUGAAUACUCCGUCAAACAAGCCUUUGAAACCCUUAUCAGCCAUAAUCUCACCUCUGUACCAGUCAGUGACACCAAGGGAUCCCUCAAGAGUUGUUCAACCUUUGAUUACUCCGAUUUGAACACUUAUUUGCUUCUUAUCAUGGAUAAGAUUCCAUUUGCAGAAUUGAGUAUUGAUACCAGUGAUAAAACUUAUAAUGAAUACAUUCAAUCUCAAAUGAAAAAGGCCAAGAAAGGUGAAGAAGUUUCCGUUAAUUUCAUCACCAAUGUGAACCCAAAAAACUCAUUUAUUAAAUUCAAUGAAAAUGAUGUUUUAUACAAUGUAAUGGAAGCCUUGGGGAAUGGAGUUCAUAGGGUUGCCAUUACUGAUAGUCUGCCAGAUGAAAAUAUUGUUGGUAUCUUAUCACAACGAAGAUUGAUCAAAUUCAUGUGGGAAAAUGCUAGAAGAUUCCCAAGUCUUGAUUUCCUUUUCAACUCUACUUUACAAGAACUUGACGUUGGAUCUUCCAAUCCAAUCACUAUUUAUGAAGACCAACCUCUUAUCGAAGCAUUGUACAAGAUGUUCAAGGAGAGAAUCAGUUCGCUUGCAGUGGUGGACAGAUCCAAAUCCUUGAUUGGGAACAUUUCCAUCGUUGAUGUUCAAAAUGUAUCAAGUUCUAAGAAUUCUCAUUUACUUUUCAAAUCUGUUUUGCAUUUCAUUUCAUAUAAUUUGACCCAAAAGGGGAUUGAAAAGGGUCAAGAUCAAUUCCCAAUUUUCCAUGUUAAUAAGCAAACUUCUUUGGGUAGAGUGAUUGCCAAGUUAGUGGCCACUCAAUCUCAUAGACUUUGGAUAGUACAAUCACCUCAGACUGCAAACCAUAGUUCCAUAAGUUCUGGAAGUGGUGGAGGUUCAAUUUCCGGUGUUCUGGGAUCUCCAAGUAGUACUCCAUCGACAGUCGAGGCUUUACUCACACAUCAACAAGCUCUGGCGUCUCUGGCCACUCAAUCUGCCACUUCAGAGCCUGGAAGACAAGGAACUUUGAUUGGUGUGAUUACAUUGACCGACAUUCUUGGACUUUUCGCUUCUGCGAAAGCAAAUGGUAAGAAAAUAGACCCACAAUUAGCAAGAAAUCAACGUAGAAGAUCUUCAACAUCAACCACCAGAUCAAGCAGUGAAAUUAGUACCAACCCAGAACUUUUCAGAAAAUCUUUCUUGGGAGGAUCAAUGGCUAAGGCUGAAUAAAAAGAGACAAACUUUUAUGAGAGACUAAACUAAAAAUUACAAAAAAAUAAAUUUACAAGUUAAGAAUGGUUCAUUUGCUCCAUAUACGCAUACACUUAUACAU